AUGCGUCCGUCUCUUGCAACACAGCCGCGUGUAUCCCUUCAGCUCCGCUCACCGUUCGCGAUCCGUAUCUUGGUCUUUUGGUCUUCUCUGUGCGCAUUAUGGGCUCUAUCCAGAUGGCGGUACGAAACUCUCCCGGAGACGGACGCUGGUGUGCGCAUUUACUGGUAUGAAGACCGAAAUAAGCCUCCUCUAUACCCUGCUCUUCUGGAGAGAGAACGACGGAUGCCUCAGCAUAGCGAAGCUGCCCCACCUCCGGAUGGGAGAUCAGCGAAGUAUUUGCGGUUCUCGAACCAACUACGGGGCGUUGGUUUCAAUAACCAGAUGCAAGAAAUUCUCCUGAACUCAUAUAUAGCCUACCUAUUAGGGAGGUCCUACGUAUUCUCACCCUACACGUGGGACCUUAAAAACGAACCAUUCGUUCCAGUUGAACAUAACACUCACCUUGCUGGCGCGCGCCAUGUUCGACCGUCGCGCGUCCCCCUUACUGCUUUCUUGAAUGGUCCGACGGCUGGGGCUCCCUGGAUAGUUGAUUCCAGCCUAAGCGUAGAGCAGUUGGAGAAGACUCCUCGCGCAAUAUCUGCCCGGUACUGGGAUGAAAUUUGUCCCGACGAUUCUAGAUACAAUAUAAAUACGACGGAAGUUAAUGCUCGCAUUGGCGUUGACUUCGACAAUGACGAUGGGGCCAUAAUAGUCGACAAAUGGGUCGCAUUUCUAGGGGGCAUCGACGAUCAACGAUGCAUUAAUAUCAUGCAGGACACCCCUCGCAUUAUAGACUUUGGGAUACUUAGCUCAGAGCGACUCGUAUCUAUUUGGCCAGGGUACUCGAAAUCGCCAGUGUUGACUCAGUUCAAAUGGUCUCCCAUUGUCUUGGGAGCGGUUCAAAAGAACUUACCUUUGUUAUUGCCGCCUUCGCGCCUAGCGCGAAAGAUCUCAAAAAUAAAAAAUCAGUACCUCGAAAUUCCUGGUCUAGUGACUCUGCACAUACGUCGAGGUGAUUUUGAGAGCCAUUGCGUAUUUGUAUCGACGACGUUUGCGAGCUUCGAGGGAUGGAAUCAAUUACCAUUCCUUCCAGAUGGAUUUAAUUCGCCUCAAUCCCCACAGGAGCGGGGGAAGUACACCAUGGAAAGAUGUUGGAUCGAAAUCCCCGAUGUUGUGUCGCGACUUGAAUCCUUAAGGAGGCAAUAUUCGGAGUUGACCCUCGAUCGCGUAUUCUUGUCAACCAAUGCCAAGCCAGAAUGGUUGGCGGAGCUCAAGCAUGUCUUAUCCCAGCACGGAUGGCGGAAUGUAGUAUCGACGAGUGAUAUAUCUCUCACUUGGCAAGAAAGCGGCGUCGAAAAUGCUGUAGAUAUAGAGAUAGCAUCCCGCGGACAGAUAUUCGUUGGAAAUGGCUUCUCAAGCUUCUCAAGUACUAUUAUCCGCCUUCGUAUGGUGCGGGGUCUGAAUCCGAAAUACACCCGCAGGUGGUAA